CACUGCGCGCCCCCGCUCCUCUCUCACUUCAACAUCCCGCUCCAACUCUCAGUUCCUGUCUACGCAUUCUAUGGCUGAACCCUUUCGAUAGUGCUCCUGGAGCCUUCGGUGCGAACCUCAAUGACGAGCAGCCCGAUCUUAUGAUAAUUGACUCUCCCGAUCUCCCUCCUGGAACUCCUAUGGAAAUUUGCCUUCCUGAACCUCAGACCGCCGCCUCAUAUUUUCCUGCCAAUACAACCACUGGAACCAGUGCAGCUUCACAACUUCCCUUUCAGUCGCUGUCUCUUGGCCCGUCUUCCUUUGCUACUGCUGCUCCCACCACUGGCACACGUGCGCCUUACCACAACUUACCCUCCCAGCGGCCUCUGCCUCUCGCUGGUCCGGUUUUUUCUGAAUCGGUGUUUUCUUUUGCUGCUCCUCCUACCACUACCGAUCUCUCCUCUCGUAUUCAGAUCCCUCAGCCGGCGCUCCCCUCCGUUCGCGAAAACUUCCCGGUACUUCACGCCCGCUACGACGAUUCGUUUGACCGUAUCUAUGGCUGGGACCCUUCUGCUCCCAUGCCCGGUUACCCUGCGCUGACCGAUCCUCAAUCCUGCGGUCCCCUCCCUCGCCCGGCCAACCCUCAUUCGCUUCUAGAGAACUCCCGCAUCAUGCACCCCGCCGAACGUCCCAAACCGAUGGCGAUUCCUUUGAAUGGUCCCAAAGCGGACCCGCGCAAACGCACCUCCUCGUCUCUCGUGGGCAUUCGCAAGACUUCCUUUUCUAUCCUUCCUGGUAGCUCUAUAUUCCGUCGCAACAAUCGUGCCUCCUCUCUCCAGAACGCCGUGACCAAGUCGCAGGUGUCAUCCCGUAUGGCGGAAUUCUGUUCAGCGAUCGCGGCUGCUCGUGAACAAGAAGUGCCGCAGUCGCCUUACUCGGCCGCCGUGAAGCGUAAUCUGGAAGCCUUCCGGAUUGGGUACCUGCCUUCUCGAAAGCAGGUCCCUUCCAAACCCUCCGCCUCUGCUUCUCUGAUCGCUGAGAGCAAGCCUCGGCUCGACAAGCCCGACGGCCCUUCUCACAAGGUUCCUUCGCCGGACAAGGACUCAGAUCUCAUUGCAUCUCUGCAGGCCGCCAACCUGCGGAGACUGCGUGAAUCUGCAGAGAAACCGUCUGUUACCUCCAAGGUGUGCGACCAGGCCACCACCACCACCACCACCACCACCAGUGCGUCUCUCCAGGACGCCGAACGUUCGGAUCCGCGAUCUCCCCGAAGCCUUGGCGCACGUGACCUGGAGACGUCCGUGCCGCACCGGCUGGGAUCCCCCGUCGCUUUUCCGGUCUCCGUCCCCGGCAACUCGUCUCCUCGCAAGAGAUCGAUCUUCGAGGCAGACGCAGACGCGCCAAAGGGUCGCUUCGACAUGAUCCGCGACGAGCAUCUUGACGCCUAUUCUGGGCUAUCGUCAAUGCCUGGCAGUUGGCCAGAGGCCCCAGAAAGCGUCCCUUCCGAUGCACAGCCUGAGGCGGAUGGACACGUUGGCCAGCCAGGUUUCUGGCACUGGUGCAAAAAAUUCUUCGUCGGCCCUCGGGGUGUGGGCACCGCCUUCACGGGCGCUGCUCGCACCGCCGUCGAAGUCACCGGGUCGGUCAAGCGCCGUGUCCUCGCCUUUUUCGAACCGCGAGCCAGAGCGCAACCUCCCCAACCUACGGCGGCGGGGUCUCGGCCUCCCCACCGUCGUAGGUCGCGAGGGUCCACAGAAGGACAGCGAACUCGCUCUGCCAGUCCCUGCUCCCUCCGUGCACACGCCUACGCUCGAAACUACCUCCCCCUCCCAUCAGCUCCUUUCUCCUCUCUUUCCAGUCAACGUGCCGAUCGAUGCCGGUCUCUUGGCUCCGGCCGAGCAGAUCAAGAGCAGACCUCGCAAGAAGCGCACGCACGUUUCGGACCAUGACGACGCAUUGCUGCACAAGCCACGUCGCCAUGGGGGCGUGAAGCCCAUGUCCACCCGUCGGACUCGCCCGAAGGGAGUCCGGCGCACCG